UGAGACUGAGAGGACAGGCAGCUGGGCUCCUGCCAUAUCUGAUCUUUAUUUAGGGAUUUCAAAGAAAAGGGGGGAAAGGACUAAAGCAGGAGUGUUUGGUGCGUAAAACUGGAUAGGUCGCUCUCCAAAUUGUAGGAGUUCACGUUGAGGCUGAUCGGUUUUAUUUGGAGGUGGGUUUCAGUGCCUCGAAGGAAUAUUUUUUACAUUGUUUGCUAAAGCGCCCAUUGCAGCUCAGCAUUCUUCUUCUUAUAAGUAACUCCAGAGUUAUUUACUCUGUUUUGUUGUACUAUAGCAGGAGUGUUUGGUGCGUAAAACGAAAUAGGUUGGACUCCAAAUUCUAGCACUUUGAGGCUGAUCGGUUUUUUUUUGGAGGGCAUCGGUGCACGGAUUACAAUGCAAAGCGUUUUGGAGGUUUGGCUCACCUUGGUGACGGUCGGCGCGCUCACAGAGGGGGCCUCUGGAGGAUACGGGCUCAGCAUGUUCGCGGCUCAGUCGUCCCCCCCGGACCCGUGCUACGACGAGAACGGGAACCCUCGGAGGUGCAUCCCGGACUUCGUGAACUCCGCGUUUGGAAAGGACGUGCGUGUCUCCAGCACCUGCGGGACCCCGGCGGCCAGGUACUGCGUGGUGACCGAGAAGGAGGAGGAGAGGACUCGGGACUGUCACACCUGCGACGCCGGAGACCCCAAGAAGUCUCACCCUCCCGCGUACUUAACGGACCUCAACAACCCGCACAACCUCACUUGCUGGCAGUCCGAGAACUACGUGCAGUUCCCGCAGAACCUCACCCUCACGUUAUCCCUGGGGAAGAAGUUUGAGGUGACCUAUGUGAGCCUGCAGUUCUGCUCACCUAGACCCGAGUCCAUGGCCAUCUACAAGUCCAUGGACUACGGCAAGUCCUGGGUGCCGUUUCAGUAUUACUCCACCCAGUGCAAGAAGAUGUACAACAGGCAGAAUAAAGCAGCGAUUACCAAGCAGAACGAGCAGGAGGCCAUCUGCACGGACUCCCACACCGACAUGCACCCUCUGACGGGGGGGCUCAUCGCCUUCAGCACCCUGGAUGGGAGACCCUCUGCGCACGACUUCGAUAACUCCCCGGUGCUGCAGGACUGGGUGACGGCCACCGACAUCAAGGUGAUCUUCAGCCGGCUGCACACAUUUGGAGACGAGAACGAGGACGACUCGGAGCUGGCGAGAGACUCCUACUUUUACGCAGUGUCUGACCUGCAGGUCGGGGGAAGGUGCAAGUGCAACGGGCACGCGUCGAAAUGCGUCAAAGACCGCGAGGGGAACCUGGUGUGUGAGUGCAAGCAUCACACGGCAGGCCCGGAGUGCGACAGGUGCAAACCGUUCCACUAUGACCGGCCCUGGCAGCGCGCCACGGCCCGGGAGGCCAACGAGUGUGUCGCAUGCCACUGUAACCUGCACGCCCGCCGCUGCCGCUUCAACAUGGAGCUGUACAAGCUGUCGGGCCGGAGGAGCGGCGGCGUCUGCCUCAACUGUCGCCACAACACGGCCGGACGCCACUGCCAUUACUGCAAGGAGGGUUACUACAGGGACAUGACCAAGUCCAUCUCUCACCGCAGGGCGUGCAAAGCAUGUGAUUGCCAUCCAGUGGGAGCAGCAGGGAAGACGUGCAACCAGACGACAGGACAGUGUCCCUGCAAGGACGGGGUGACGGGAAUCACCUGCAACCGCUGUGCUAAAGGCUACCAGCAGAGCCGCUCCCCCAUCGCCCCCUGCAUCAAAAUCCCAGUUGCAUCCCCGACAGCGUCUUACACCAGCUACGAGGAGCCGUCAGAUUGUGACUCCCACUGUAAAGCGUCCAAGGGGAAGAUGAAGAUCACCAUGAAGAAGUACUGUAAAAAAGACUACGCUGUCCAGGUUCACGUCCUCAAAGGAGACAAGGCGGGCGAGUGGUGGAAGUUCACCGUCAACAUCAUAUCCGUCUACAAGCAAGGUGAGCAUCGCAUCCGCCGCGGGGAUCAGCUGCUGUGGGUGCGCGCCAAGGACGUGGCCUGCAAAUGCCCCAAGAUCAAGCCCGGGAGGAAGUACCUGCUCCUGGGCACGGACGACGACUCCCCCGGGCAGAGCGGCGUUGUGGCCGACAAGGGGAGCCUGCUGAUCCCGUGGAAGGACCUGUGGGGCCGCCGGCUGAGGAAGUUCCAACAGCGCGACAAGAGGGGGAAGUGCUAAAAGUUGCUCAAGAGGAAGGAGAGAAUGGUGGAGGCGAAACAACUUCUCCACUGGGACGAGUAGAGAGCUGCAGGAAUGAGUCCUAAAACCCGGAUGACAGUUAGCAUUUUACCACAUCCGGUUCCCUGGUCUGGAAGUCAAUGGUUUUCUGAUUGUGUUUUUGGUUUUUAGCCUGAAAUAAGAUCUGUGGUUAACACAAGCUGAAGAGAUUUUUAAUCUACGACAUCAAAUAAAUCAGUGCUGACAUUAGACGACGUGCUACAGAAUAUAGACCUGCAGCUUUAGGACCAUUUUUGGGUCCGUUCAGUAAUGGCUAACUAAGUUGUCCAGGAAUGAGUCCUAAAACUGGGAAAUGAGGCAAUAUUUUUCUGGUAUGCUCAUCUGGAAGUUAGUUUUUUUGAUUUUGUUUUUGAUUGCUGGCCUGAAAUAAGGUCUGUGAUUAACAAAAGCUGAAGGGAUUUUUGUUCUACCACGUAAAAUACUUCAGUCAAUACCCCACUGCUGAAUUUAGAAACAGCGGUUGCUAACAAGAGUCUAAAUGAGACGACUAAACUUCAUCACGCCCAACAUUAGACCUGAAGUCAUGUGACCGUGCUGUAGUUCCUUUAUAGCCCAACAUUAGCCUCCUUUAGCUUAGCGGUGGAGACCUGAAGUCAUGUGACCGUGCUGUAGUUCCUUUAUAGCCCAACAUUAGCCGCCUUUAGCUUAGCGGUGGAGACCUGAAGUCAUGUGACCGUGCUGUAGUUAGCCUUUUACUUCAUCAGAGAGUGGUGUUAAUAUGUGGAGAUUAUCCUGCUGAACAAAACGUUUAAGUAUCGUAAACAUUUGUUUGACACAGAUCUUAUUUUCUGCAAUUGUCCAAAAUCCAAUUGGCUUUUUGUCCAGGGAGCCCCUGCAAUGCUAACUUCCGGUUCAGCCUUCAGAAAUACAUCAUCACUGCACCACCCUAUUCAAGCAAGAGGACAGGAUGGAGGAAAAACUGGAAGAAUUAAAAGAUGAAAGACAGGUUCGAGAGGCGGAGGAAAGACUGAGUGCUGCUGCUCUGAGUUGGAGCGAAGAGAUAAGUGUUUUGUUUUUUAGGAACUUUUUGUGAAGGAGCUCAUGCUACAGUUUCUGUUUGUCUUUCAAGGUUUGUUUUGUUGUGUAAUUGCAGAGUUUGCACCUACAGAUAUGUCACACCCUGACUAUUUUACCCAUGAUGCCAUUGUCUUUUAAAGUUUCAGUUGUUUUUCAGGAGCAAUUGCAUCUACUGUUUCACCCUUUAGUAUUUUAAGAGGAUCUAUUUCCAGUGUGCUGUUUAAAGCAUUAUCGAGUUAAAUGAAGAGGCAUGAGGGACUCCACUCAUGAAUGAUGAGAUCCCCCACUUUUCAAACAGAUGAAAGUGAAAACAAUGUAAAAGUAUUCCUUUGGAAACGUAAGAUGUGCCAACUCGCUCGAGAGCUACUUGCCUAUAUGUGAUCGUUACCUCAGUGAAACUAAAAUGCCAUAAUGCUCCUCUGUUUUAUUCUGUAUGGUGAUAGCAUUUCACAUUACAGUUUAAGCUCUGCGCUUUUUCGAUAUAUCAACAGUAUGUUGUGGUUGUGACCUCUGCAAUGUAAAGUAACCAUAUGUGCAUACAUAGACAUUAUUUUAGUAGAUGAUCAGCUAGAUGUAGGGUAGACGUGUCAACCAUGCACUUAUUUUUACUCGUCAAAGUUUUAGAACAUAUGAGAUAUGUUCACGUUUUAAGAGUGCCAUCCAAAAAGUUAACAAAUCCCAUAUGAUGCAAAACACUGACGGGUGUUUCUGACUGACGGUAACAACCCUGUUCAGAUUUGUCCUGCCAAGAUGUUCUCACUCGUCAAAUAUGGUAGCUUGAACAUGUUGCCCUUGGUAGACAUCAUUUUGAACAUGCAUGUUUGUCCAAAGGUUAUGUACAUUAUUUAAGUUGCAUCCGCCACUCGAGUCAUGUACGCAACUCAAAUGAUGAACCUAAGCAAUGUACAAUUAGGUAGUUGCAUCCAAGUUGUGAACGUAACUUAAGUUAAGUACGUUACCAUUUAUUCAGGUUUAGGUAACAGAACGACUUGGUUAGGUUUCUAAAAAGAUGCUCUGGUUUGAAAGAGGUCUUCUUUGUUUACAGUAGGUAAGUUAUUCAUAGACUUGAGUACAUUACGCUGGUUAACGUUCAUAAGUACUUUUAAAUAACGUUGACUGUUGGAGAUGAGCUGAACCUCUUUAAGUUGUGCAAGUUAAGUACUUUAAGUAAAGUAAACUUACAUCAUUUAAGUAGAAUACGUCAAUGUUGAGUUUUGGGGUUUAAUGUCGCUCAAGUUGUACGUAGGUUUAGUUUGUGACGUACAACUGAAGUACGAAAGUUAAAAUACACAAGUGUGGACUUUUGUAGUCAAAGGAAACAAACAGCAGUCCCUUAAGUGAAAGCUAUGUACAUAACUAAAGUUAGGGAUCUGAGUUCUGCACGUUAACAUUAGAAUAAGACGUUUACUUUUCGUUUCUUCCGGAAACAAACUGCAGCGUUUCGGUUCAAAAUCCAUUUGAGUUUUUACCCAUUCAUCCAUUCCUGACCGUCUCUUUAGACAGACGUUAAAAUACAACACUUGGCUGACCUUUUACCAGCGUGGGUUAACGUUCAAAGCUUACGGCCAGUAACCCAACUACUGCAUUUGACGAGUGAGAACGCCUUGAAACUACACAGAAGAAAUGAAGUCAUUCUCAAUUAAAGGACUAAAUAGGGUUGGAUGUCCCAAAUAUUUGCAAGUGAGAAUGAUAAAGAGAAUCUUCUCACUCAUAUAUCAACCAAUCCUCAAACCACUGCCAUAAUGCAUGCUCUCCAGUUACUGUGGCGGCCUGAUAGCUAACGAUGAUUGUGAAUUAUGUACACAUUUAAGUUGUAUACAGUGCUCAGUGUUGUGGGAAAAUAACCUGUGGAGUGAUAAGUAAAAUAUCACAGAUGUUUAUUGUACGCUGUGUCAGAUGUUCCUCAAGAGGACCGGACAUUAUCAAGACUUGGUACUCGACGAAAAGGCAUGAGUGAUUGUCUACGUGUUAUAUAGCUGUAUAGUAUUACUUUUCUAUUUUUGUUAAACAUUAACUAGAUCUAUCUCUAUGUGAACUUAACCAGAGUUUUUUCUCCUAAAGAAUAGAGGCUUAAUAAACGACGGAGGGAUAAAUGAAUGUCAGAGCGUGAGCGACCCAGAGGAACACACGCUUCCACUAUGACCACUCACACACACACACACACACACACACACAAAUACAUCCGUGCAUCAUACUGUAUGUAUUUGAAAACUACAACACAUCUGUACCGGAGUGACGCUCCCAGACGCCCGCUCUCCGUGACUCUAUCUGAUAAUGAUCUGUUUGUACAUCGGCUUGUAAAUGUUGUUUAGCGCUGUCCGUUGCAAAUGGUUGUGUACUGUCUUGUAAUACUAAUAUAUUAUGUUUAUCACAAAUGAAUAUAUUUAAUGACACAUGAAACGAAAUGUGGCUUUUGUGGUUUUUAUAUUUUACUUUUUCUUUUGCAUUGAAUUGUAGAUGGCUGUAAUGAGAAGUAUUGAUAAGUGUUUGGCUUUUGAACAGCCGCAUAGAACUGAACAUUAAUUCAUCUGAAAUAAA